AUGGUGAACUUGCUGCUGAAUGCGGCGGCCCGUGGAGCUGGAGUUGGCGGUAGUGCCUUAACUGGGUUAUUCUCUUCUGCCAUAUCGAACGCCUCGGACAGUUGUCUUGGAAGCCUGAAGCAGUGCUGUGUUUGCCCUCAUCCCACAGAAUGUGGAUGCAUCGGGGCAAUCUGCUAUUGCAUGGGUUGCCAGGAUCACCGCAAGUUUAAUUUGAUAAUAGAGGUGCACGAGCUGGAGAGGCUCCCGAAAGGCGCUUCAUUAUAUCUACAGGUUAAUGUUGGCAGGAGUCAGGCCCUUACGAGAGACAUAACUGUCAUUGCAAGCAACGCGUUGGUAGAGGAGCGCCUUUUUGUGAAAGUGCGGCAAGUAGACGAUGUGAUAAAACUGCAGCUCCUGAAGAAAGGAAUCCUCAAGACAGAAGUUGUCGCAGCCUACAGCAUGAAUGUCAAGCAGGAAAUUCUAGACAGGAAGUUUCCCAAGAAAGAAUGGUUUACAAUGAAUGCGGUAAAAGGCGUCAACAACGUAAGGGUACUAUUAUCGUUCCAUCAUAUGGACCCCAAGUUGCCAUCCGCUCAGUCUCCUUUGCUGCAACAGGCAGUACUGCUGGCGCAGCAAGAGGCGCAAGCAAAGAACGAGCCUCUUAACCUUCAGCAACAACAGCAGCAACAACAGCAGCAACAACAGCAGCAGCAGCAACCCACAUGGAAGCGCUGGCUGCCGCAACGGCUUGCAGCUGCGCCUUUUCCGGGAAGUGACCGCUUGACCGUUUCAACACCAUGGAGCAGCAGCAGCAGCAGAAGCUGUAGUGGGGCUUUCAAGAGACGCAUCCCCAGCAUCGGGCAGCAGCGAGACGAUAACGAGUAUCCCCAAUUCGCACAGGAGAUGAGCCAGGCAAAGCCAGAGCUGCUGCCGGCAGGAGAUGCCGUUCUUCGAGAUGAAGCGCAUGGAGCAACAGGAAGAAGCGGCACCGAAGCAGAGCUACAGCAGCAUCCAGCAUGCGUCCAUGUGAAGGAGCAGCAAGGCGACGCUGCCUCGGCAGCGAAUGCAUCAACGGCUGUAUGCAGUGCGACCUCUAUGUCAGGGAGUGGCAGUUCCCCCGCUUGCGGCGCUCCGGAGGCGUUGCCAGGCCCUGGAGGCAUCCCCAGUCUUUUAGCCGCAGCGGGAAGGAAGCCUCGGCAGUGCACUUCGGGAGACUCAGCUUCCAAACUGGCGAUGAGCAGCAGCAUCAAGGGAAGCACGAAAAAGCAGGCCGUGAAAGCCCCUUGUUUCCCGUCCACCCGCCGCGCGCAGCACCUCGCGAUGUCUCAAGGUGCAGUGGCAGACGCUACGGCAGCAGCUGGUGCUGCACCAGGCGUGAGUCUGGCCGGAAAGGAAGCAUGCGCGUGUGUCGUGGCGGCUUCCGCUCCGUCUCAGGCCUUAACGAAGCCUGGUGGUGUUGCCACUAGCAGAGCGCAACGCCAGGAGCAGCGGUCUUCUUCGCAGAAGCAGGUAAGUCCAGCUAGCCUUGGAACCGUGGAGACAACUGCAAGCAGCCCUUCUACACCCCAUGCUGCAGCAGCACCAGAAGGAGUGUGCAUGCAGCAGUUGCUAGAGGCGCUCGGAAGGCUCCCAGGCCAAGUGUGUGGGAGUCCGUUAACAGACCCUGAUGGGCACGUGCAAUACACGGCUGCAGCGUCUGCGCCUUUGGCGGCAAGAGGGGAGAUCGCUGCAGGGUGGCCGCAAGGCCCUCAGCAAGAGCUAAGGGCAGUGUCUCUGUUUGCGGGAGUCUUGCAAGUGAUGAACGCAGAGGAAGAUGCAGCGGCGGAGUCUGCUUCUGCCAGUUCGGCGAGGCAUUUCGAGACCAACGCCACAUUCAGGGGCACUCGUGAUUCCGCCGUGGAGGGAGCAGCAACAGGAGCCGCAGCAGGAACACGGGAGCACGCCAGAGGCAGAGCCUCAAUUGCGGCGUUGGAGAUUUUAUGGCCACGAACGCACAGUCCCCACCCACUUCCUGAAUCUCACGCCACUCCGAACGCCGAGAACGCAGGUGGUUAUGGUGAUGGUGAUGCGCUAUGCGACUGCUUUCUGUGCGGUACAGCCACCGUGGGAUGCUCGGCUGCUGCAGAGUUUGACCGGUGA